GUAGAUCUAAAAAGGAUGCAAUAUUUGGUGACUGAAUUAGGUAAAAUGGAAGAUGAAAUUUUCAUUAGAAGGCAUAGAGAUCAUCAAAGACGUGCCUCGCAACCUGCGCCCAAGCGCCGACGGAUUAAUGAUAAAUAUUCUCCAACUGGUGUAUACCCUGCGUCAGGCUUAGAUCAUUUGCCCGUUGGAAUGCCUCUUCUUCCCGUUAAAGGUCUUGACCCGCAAAUCCGUGCGAGAACAAAUCAAGAGGUUGUUGCCAAUCGGCAGGCGCUACGUAUGGCUAAUUUGAGUGCUGCUCAAUUAUUAAAGGCUGAGUUGAGUGGAGAAGAACCUCCGGUUCAUAGAGUAGAACCCCUGGUUCAUACUGCCACUUCUGAUGCGACGCCUACCGAAAAUUUGAUUACACUUCAAUCCUCUCAAACGACAAUAAUCGCACCUACAACUCAAUUCUCAACAGAAACUCUAAAAGUGUCAACGAGUGAUGAGGAUACAAUUCUAUCUUCAAAUUCGGCAGGGACAAAAAGAAAAUUUUCGGAUGAUAGUACUCAAGAAACUCAUGUUGAUGUUAAAGAUAGAAUAGAAGAAUCGGGUGAAUCUGCUCAAGUAGAUCCCUCAGAUGAUGCAGAGCAAGAAGACUCCAUAAGACUGUGGGAGCCUGGCUUUAAAAAGCGAUAUUACAAGGAUAAAUUUGAUGUCGAGUUGCCUGAUGAACAAUUUCGCUCAAA